CCUAUUUCCUCGGCUUCUCCCGGCAGUCGGAGCUCAGAUUAUCUCCGGUCGUGACGGAGCCACUUCGUUGUCCCCAGUGUCGCCUACCCACAUCCCUACCCCGGGAUCCCAGGUCCUUUUAGUCUUUGUUACCUCUUGGUCGCCCCUCUCGGUGCCCCCCUCCCCUCACUGAAGAUGUCCGGCUGGCAGGAUUACGUGGAUAUGUUGAUGGCCGAUGGCAGCUGCCAGGAGGCCGCCAUUGUCGGUUACGUGGACGCCAAAUAUGUCUGGGCAACAACCCCCGGGGGCAUCUUUCAGACAAUAACGCCUGCAGAAAUAGAUGUACUGAUAGGAAAGGACAGAGAAGGAUUCUUCACUGGAGGACUAACCGUCGGAGGAAAGAAAUGCUCGGUGAUCAGAGACAGCCUGUAUAUUGAGAACGAUUUCACAAUGGACAUCAGGACAAAAAGUCAAGGUGGUGAACCCACAUACAACAUUGCUGUAGGCAAAGCUGUAAGAGUCUUGGUCUUUGCAAUGGGGAAAGAAGGCGUCCACGGAGGUGGUUUGAAUAAAAAGGCAUUUGCGAUGGCAAAAUACUUGAGAGAUAUGGGAUUUUAGUUGUUAGGUUGACUUACAUUCUAGGGGGAUAAAAUAAAUAAAAACACUAAAAAAAAAAAAA